AUGCGCCGCCGUGGAGUUUGCGCCGCCGCCGCCGUCCGCGGUGCGUUAAACCAUAGAGUUGCGUUUUUGCUCGAAAAUACACACACGCACACGCGCCGCCGCCGCCGCUGCGUAUACAACCACCGUGCGCGCCGGCAGUGUUCGGUUGAAAACCGCCCCGUAGUCACACGCGUGGCGACCCGAGAGCGUACCGUCUCCUCCGAUGAUGAGCCGCGUAAAAGAUUAAACGAAAAUAAAACAAUUAUGGAGAAGAUGUACUUCAACGAGUCGCAUUUACCAGACGAUGGGUUUUCGACCAUAGCUACGUCAUUGAUGGCCGUCCACAUGGUACUUGUGGCGAUAAUCGGCACCACAGCGAACUUAUGCGUGUUUCUCGCUCUUUCCAUGGGCCAUAAGGUGUCCAACAACCUUUUGCUGCUGAACUUGUGCGUCGCUGACAGUAUGGUGUGCAUAAUUAGCGGACCGUUAACAGUACUGUCUUGGGAGUGGCCAAUACUAUCGUCGUACACCAUCGUCAAUGCUGUACAGUACAUACCUGUGGCGGCCAGCACGCUGAGCCUGAUGACGCAGUCGAUCGAUCGGUACGCGUCCAUCAAACACCCACGACACAACAGGUUGCACCGGGACAAGCACGUCGCGUAUCUGGUGUCCGGCGUGGCGGCCGCGUGGACGGUAGCCGUGGUCGUCUCGGUGCCGCGGUACGCGUGGCCGGUCCGCCGGAUAAUCGUGGACAUGCAGUGGACGCGGUACUACGAGGCGUGCUACGUGGCCGUCGUGUUCGCCGUUCCGUGGGCCGCUGUAGCGUUCAGCCAGCGCGCUGUCAGCAGGACGCUGUACAUCACGUCACUUAAGGCGGCCGCGGCCCGCGGUCAAUUACCGUUGCCCAUGCCCUUAAUGACGGCCGAGUCAAAGCAAGUGAUCCUGGUGGCAUCCAUACAGAAGAAUACAACUGUCCAAUCCAAGGUUACAAAUGAUGUUGCGAUACAACAGCAACAGCCACAUUCGUCCCAUCAGCAAACUCAACAAGAACAACAGCGGCAGCUACAAGCACAACAGCAACAGCAGCAGAAGCAGCGUCCCACGCCGAGCGCACGAAGUCGGCGGCGGUUGGCCAAAGUGUUGGUAGCCCUGGCCGGCGUGUUCGUCGCCUGUUGGUUACCAUACGCCGCCGCGUUACUCUACACCAAUUGGUUUUUUUCAUCGCCACAAGACGGCGAUGUUGACGAAAACGGUAACGAAAACGACGGCGGCGGCAACAGGCACGCAGUCCACCGGUUGGCCACCGUGGCCGCUAUGCUGCUGGGCCACGCCCACUCAGCCGUCAACCCUGUGGUGUACUGGUGGCUGAACCGGCACACGUUACGCGCCUGUCCGUGGUGCUGGUCCUCGGACGAUCAGUUUGACGACGAUGUCGACGACGAUGCCGGGUUCGGAUGUGGAGCGUUGGGUUGCGUCGUCGGCGGGGCCGUCAUGGCGUUCGGAUGCGGCAGGGGCGACGGCAGUUGCGGCGACAGCGGUGGUGUCGAUUGCGGCGGCGGCACCGGUUGCCGGCAGUCACAGAACCACACGCCUACACGGCUCAACCGGUUGCUGUUCCACCGACAGACCAAUAACCACCAGCGCAGCCGCCAACCCUCGUCCACCAACGAGGCAGCCCUGGGGCCGUUCAACCCGCGGUUCGCCACGCCGAAGAAGCGACCUCAACAGUUGCCCGUCGUCAAGAACCCUGUCAUGCUGUAUUACGCGUGAAUUGCAGCUCGACCCCGCACCAGUCAACCCAUCCCGCAUUCCCACCCUUAAUGCACAACACUAUCGAUCCACGUCUGCGAAAGGUUCUGCCUUGUCGUUUACACGUCAUUGUUAUGUAACACGUAUCAUGGCGUUACUGAAACGAUGACAUCACAUCUACCGCCACUGACAUCCAUACCCGACGUUUUAUCCGCCCUCUUAAGUCCGAAACACGCCCACACCCUGAUAACGGAAAACGAAAUUGCCAAGCCUGAAUCCUGAAACAUAAAAAAGUAAUUGUUCAAUACAAACAAUUUGUUUUCACAAAUUUGAUAAGUCGUGGUACUUGUGUGACCUUGGACCUCAGACUUUUCCAUUAUUAACUGAGUAUAACGGUGCACCUGUACCUUCUACGACAACUUACAUUCUGUAAAUAUCGUGCGAACACCUUCAAAUUUGGUGAGUGAUGCUGGUCGAAUGACAGAAUAUAAUAAUAUGUUUAUGAACAAAUACAAAUAGUCAGCCUAAUUUGCAAAUCACUUAACUCCAUAUUGACUAGUUUUCAGGAAAAAGGAAAAACGUCUCAUUAAUUAAAAAAAAAAUAUUUAAGACUUAAAAUAAUUCUCUAAAUUAUUUAUAAUAUUUUUAUGUUUAUCUCAUUGAUAAUUUUAAAAGUUUACUUACAUUAAACAUGUAUAAAAGUUAAGAAAAAUUCUUCAAAAAAAAAAAAACAAAGUUAUUUUGGAGUUACGACAUUUUCCAUUUUGUUUUAUUCACUUUUUAACAGCUGUUUCAUGGAAUAAAUAAUUAUCGGGUUGAAACGAGAAUGGUUUUAAACGUUGCGUCUUUUUUUUUUUUUUGAUUUUAAUCACUUAUAAUCCCAAAAUCGCAUUUUUGGAGUUGAGUGAUUUGCGAAUUAGGCCGGCGAAAUUUAGAUUUGAUUUUUUGUAACAACCGUACUGUUGUGUACCUAUACCGUAAAAUAAUACGUUAUAUUGUAAUUUAUAUUACAACAAAGCAACACAACAUCUACAACUGGUAUAAGGAUCAAGGACUAAAGAGUUUGUAUAAUUUGGUAAUUUUCCGUUACACCAUAACUUAUAGACAUAGCUACGACUCGUCGUCGAGCAUGAUGAAGGCCAUGCUAUUCAUGACCACAUACUCCGUAAGUAUUUCGAAAGAAUAACGGAUUGGUAGUCGAGUAUUCUAGAACGACGCGUUUAUCGGGGUGUUUUUUUGAACAUAUUUAGGUACGUCGCCAUUUACUUCAAAAUACGUUUCUAUUUUACUAUUAACUAUUUCUGUUGCAAAAGAAAAAAUAAUUUGAAGUGUCACUUCUCAGCCACUAGUUUAGCGUAGUAUAUUAUUGUAAUAAUGUUAUUAUUCUAAUCCGUAGUCUGUUAUUAAAAAUACAGAUUUUAAAUGUGUUUUAAUCGAUGACUUCGACAUUUAUUCAUCGUUCUGUGUAUUUGUGUAAACUAUUUUCGAACUAUAUGAUAUUUAUGCGUUAUGUGGUUUUUCGUUUUCUCGAGUGUAAAACACUCCGAUAAAUAUAUUGUAUCUCUACGUCCAUUUUAAAUAUUUUUAUUGUGUAUUAGUUUAAACGCAUUACAGAUCAAACAACGAUAUUAUAAGAUUUAUCAUAAAAUUUGUCGUAUGUCGACUUCAGUCGAUAUGCAAUAACGAACUCAUAAUUUGCAUGAAGUUAUAAAAUAAGAAUUUAAAUGAAGUGUAGUUUAGGUAUAGGUAUAUUAUAAUAUUAAUCAUUCCGUAAUCGACCAAACUGUUUUUUCCCCGUUCUAUGAUAUUCUUCUCUCGGCCAAUGAUAUAGGUAGGUACUAAUUAUUAUUGUUUCGACUUUCGAUGGACUUACAUUAGACACUCAAUAUGUAGAUAGUAUAGGUACGCCAAAUUCGUCGAACAAUCGAAUCGCUUGAGCUCCUCGCCGUUAAGACCAAUACAUCGUAUUCAAGAUUUUCACGGCGAUCAUUUUCUGCCGAAAUUUAUAAUACGUUGAAAAAUAAGUCGUAAGAAUUCUUCCGGUUAUACGACUUCCGAUAUUAUACAAGAUACACGGCUGUCGACUGUUAAUAAAAUCGUUGUUUCCGAACGUGCAGAACUACAUAAGACCAUUGCGAUCGACUUGAACGGAUAGCCAAGUCCAUUUGGUAGAUAUAUUAUAAUACUGUUGCGUGUAAAACAAACGUCAAUCUCUAUUUUCAAACAAACAUAUAUACUGAGAAUUGGAAAAUGCUUUGUCGGUUUACCAACAUCCGUUCGCUUUACCUGUAUCCGCAAUGACUUUAUCUGAGCACUAAAAUAAUAUAUUAUACGAUGGAUAGCCGACGGAUAUAAAUAAAACAUUUCCGUUCAAGCGAUUCUUUUUGAACGGGCGAAAUAAAAUUAUAGACGUGCAAGCACACGACGAAUAUAUUUUUAUUCGUAUCGAAAACACAAAAUCCGAGUCUGUUGUAUUGCACAAUGCAAAUUGUAUUACAAUCGGUGGCAGCCGUAGUAUUAAUUUAUUGGCCGAGGGAUCAAAUAAUCGUUCUUUCUCGUGUAUUUCAUAAGAAUAAUUAUCGUACACAUACCGCCUAUAUAGGAAGCACUAUGUGCCUUCCAAAUAUAGUACGUACACCACCUAUACACACCUUCACUACACUACAGUCUACAGGGUCCAAUUAUUAUUAUUACUAUUAUUAUUACAUAAUAUAUUUUCUCGUUACUAUAUUUUAUUGUUCUCUACACUCGAAUAUUUCUGUGAUAUAAUAAACUGUAUCAUUCGGUACUCGGUAGUACAACGUUUCGAACAAUCAUUCAUCGCACUGACAAAAACAAAAUAAUACAUUUCUAUAAAAAAAAUUCUCGUUAAAGUAAUAUCGUUAUGGUUUUUUGGACGUUUAUUAAUACUAUCAUCCGUGACCUACGACCACGGGUAUCAUUGUUUUUUACCCGAAGUCUGUUAUUGUAGGUUCCUACUUUUUUACCGUGGUAUUAUAUUAUAAUACGAUGCAAUAAGACACCCCCAAUCGACAUUUCUACGUUAUAUUAUAUUUCACCCAUAAAUUAUAUAAUAAUAUGCAUUGAUCACACUGUACAUUUUACAUAUUAUAUAUACGUAUCGUACUUGAUUUUAUAAUAUUAUAUUAUAGUAUAGGUAUUAUAAUAUAUGUAUUGUGUAUAUAAGUAUUAUAUCAUUGCGUUUUUGUUACGUCUAUAUGUUAUUUUUUUUUCAAUCUUCCUCGUUCUUUUUGAUAAUUUAUUUCAUAUAUUAUUAUAUCGCUUUACGGUGUAAUUUAUAUAAAUAUUACAACAUGAUGUAAUGUAUGAUAAUAGUUAUUAAAAAUAUAAUAUA